AUGACUGAAACACGAAGAAUUCAGCUUCACCUUGGGAAAUGCAUAGAGGAUUUGGACAAAUUACACAAUGUACCCGAUUUGAAGUCAAAAAGAGCAACCCUGUUAUGCAAAACAGCUCUAAAAUUGUUCGAAAGUGCAGAAGAGGCUCGUGAAAAAGGAGAUGAAGAAUACUCUUACGUUUAUUAUAUGAAGUAUCUUCGAGUUGUUGCAUAUAUAAGUAAAGACAAGGAGUAUUUGAAGGAUAAGUCUUACUUCAACAACAUGUUAGGUGCUAAGAACCCAAACAAAGCCAUUGAUGCAGCUGAAAAAUUGAAGAAUAGCCUCAUUGAAAGAUAUGCCAAAGAGCAAAAAACCAAGCGUCUAAAUGAUAUAAAGGAGAAUGAGAUGAUUAAGCAAAAAAUAGAAGAAAAUAGGAAGAAAGCAACAGAAACAGUAGCCGUUAACGAACCGACACCAGGUCUGCCAAGUCUUGAUGAAGUUACCAUCAAAAGUGAGCAGCUGUACUCCAUACUGAAGAGUGGCAAGCUGAAGGUGAUGAUACUAGACACCAGGUCGGCGAAGGACUAUAUAGAGUCUCAUAUCAACUAUCCAGGUUGUAUCAGUGUGCCGGAGGAAUGCAUAUCUCCUGGACAAUCGGCCAACACCCUGGAGCAGACCCUGCCACCUGCCUCUAGGCCCGUGUGGACCGAGCGAGCAAGCAUGGAACUGAUCGUGUUGCUGGACUGGAGCAGCACUGCUGCUAUACCUGGCAAGACCCUGUACCUACUCAAGACUAUACUGCUUAAGUGGGAUGUCAAUAUCCGGUACCCUCGCCCCCCACUGGCUCUGCACGGUGGGUACGAGGACUGGCUGCUCAAGUAUCCAGCCUUCACCACCAAUCCUCAGGCGAUGCCACCCCGGCAAGACGAGUUCAUGGAUGACAUGUUAGGAGACAUCGAUUACCCAACCUGGACGGAGCUGUCACCCACCCCCCCUUCUGCACCUGUCGCACCGCGCCAGGUGAAGCCGGGCGAGCCGCUCGUGGACCGGAGCAGUAAGGCAGCAGCAGUACAGGUGUAUUCAGAACGUGCUCGGAGCAUGCAACUCAUUCUAGAACAGCAGGAGAAAAUCGCUGACAACUCACUGACGUUAGAGAUGCAGAGGAUUGAAGCUGAGCAGGACUGGAAGAAAAUCCGUCUCCAACGCGAAUCAGAAGAUCAGGAGGAUUUACGAUCGUGUUUCAAGCUCAGGGAACAGGAGAUCCUCUCUCAGCUCAUGCAGAUGGAGAAUAAGCAGUACGAUAUGGAACAAGAGAACAUGACCCUCCGCGAACAACUAGAGGAGUACCAGAGACGGGAGCGAGAGGAAGCGGAGAAACUCGCGGAGAGCAUCGCUGAUGAGACCUCAGGGGCUGCUGAUUUUGGAGCGGAGCGCGCGCGGCUGUCGGCGGAGGCGGGGGCGGCGCGCGCGCGCAUCGCGGCCGCCACGCACCGGCGCGAGCAGCUCGACGUCACGCGCGAGGCGCUCGAGGCCGAGCGCAAGCGUCAGCUCGCCCUGGCGCGAGAGAAGCGCAAGCCCGCGCCCGACCGCGCCGCCCCGGGGGAUGAAGAUGGCGACACGUACAUGAUGUCUCCAGACAACCCUGGCGCUACAGGACUUAACCGAUCUCACUCAUCGCCUAACAUCGCUAAGGUGUCUUCUGACGAGGAAGAACCAUGCGUACCGAUGUUUGACCGAAGCACGAAACCGAGUAAAAUGGCACCGUCCACUGAUUUGCACCAGAGGGACUUCCAACCUGUGUGGGGAGACGUGAGUCGUGGUCUCACGGGCCUUAAGAACUUGGGGAACACGUGUUACAUGAACUCAAUCAUCCAGUGUCUCAACAACACCGCCAUACUAGUCACCUACUUCUGCAACGGACAGUACCUGGAACAUGUCAACAGGUCCCACAGCACUCGCGGCGCUAUAGCGGAAGAGCUGGCGGCGGUGGUGCGCGCGCUGUGGUCCGGACAGUACAGGUUCAUCGCCACCAGAGAUCUGAGGAACGAGGUGGGCAAACACCAGCGUGCCUUCCGAGGCUGCGAGCAGCAGGACUCGCACGAGUUCCUCACCAUACUCAUGGACUGGCUCCAUCUGGAUCUUCAGUUCACUAUCAACAUGCCGCCACAUAAGGACAGCCUACCACCCUCGGAGAAGGCGUGGCACGAGUACACCAAGAGCAAGGAGAGCCUGAUCCUGAGGCUGUUCUAUGGCCAGAUCAAAUCCACAGUCAAGUGCACCGUCUGCGGCAAGCAGAGUGUCACCUACGAGUCAUUCUCUAACCUGUCAUUGGAACUGCCCGCUAACGCCAAUAGAUGUACACUUAGUGAUUGUUUAAAACUGUACCUGAACGGAGAAACCAUACCAGGCUGGAACUGUCCAAACUGUAAGGAGAAACGCGACGCCGUCAAAAAGCUGGACAUAUCCAGGCUGCCUCCAGUCCUGGUCAUCCACUUUAAGCGGUUCUAUGUAGACCCUAAGGAGUACAUGUGCAACGCUUAUAGGAAGAAACAGACCUAUAUAGAUUUCCCUUUAGAAGAUUUAGAUAUGAGACAAUUUUCGUUGCAUUGUCCGAGCAAUCACUCGUACAAUUUGUACGCUGUGUCGAACCACUACGGAUCUAUGGAGGGAGGGCAUUACACAGCGUAUUGUAAGAGCAGUGUUUAUGGCAAAUGGUACAAAUACGACGACCACGUGGUGACGGAGAUCUCGUCGAGCGAGGUGAAGUCGAGCGCGGCGUACAUUUUGUUCUACACGUCGUGUGGCUCCACGCGCCUGUCGUGA